GGCGCAGAGAACGCAAAGUUGUAGMGGGGGAUCAAUUCCUGUGAAAGAAAUUCGGKUGAUCAWUCGUAUAAAAUACACGAGAAGGUGGAACCGAAAAGURUUGCGGAUGUGGUUUGAAAAUGCYGCAAAAUACAAUCAAUUCAUGGUCGUCUUCACAAGACAUCAGCUCUUCAGGACACUUGGGUUUAUUCAAUAAUGAACGAGGAUUCGCACAAUACAGCCCUGCAAUUAAAAGAGGAGGGCAAUUCACUMUUCAAAGAAGGCAAAUACAAAGAAGCAAUAGCAGUUUAUACUAAAUCAUUACAGCUUUACAGUCCAGACGAUAAAGAAAAAGAGAAGCAAGAAGAGCAAGCAGUUAUCUGGAAAAACAGAGCAGCCUGUCAUCUSAAACUUGAAAAAUAUGAMAAAACAGUAGAAGAUGCUAGUAAAGCACUUGAAAUACUAGUCAAUGAUACCAAGGCUUUGUACAGAAGAUGUCAGGCUCUUGAAAAACUGGGCAGAUUAGAGGAGUCAUUUAAAGAUAUUCACACAUUAAGCAGGCUUGAACCAAAGAAUACAUCUUUUCAUUCAACAUUAAAAAGACUGGGAGCUCAACUACAAGCAAAGUCUGAAAAGGUCAGGACAACUGAUGGCUUGGUUAAUGAAAUGUUUGGUUCCUUGUUUGGUAAUGCAGACACUGACGAAAGAAAAAAGAAGGCUCUUAAGAAUCUCGUCAUUUUGUCWAAAGAAGAAGCUGGCGCACAAAAAAUAUUCCAAGGAGGCAGUGGUGUUGCCCAAAUUGUGAGUUUAUUGAAGACUGACUCAGAGGAGCAAAUUGUAUCUGGUCUGACAAUACUGAAAGGUCUUUGCAGAAAUUCUCCAUCCAGGGCAUCUGUUGUUCUUCAUAGCGUUGGUACAGAAAAAUGUAGUUUACUUUUAGAAUCUAAAUCAAUAGAUGUUUGCAAAGCAACUGUAGCAGUUUUAUAUGAAGCGCUCGAGGCCUUGAUUGAGAUGCCUACACUUGCUGAGGACUUAAAAAAAUGGUAUCAGACAGAGGGCUUCAGUAAAGCUAUUCCUUUUAAAUUAGUCAAUGAAACGGAGAAUAAAGCCAUUGUCAGCCAACUCCUGUUAACUAUUAAAAGUGAAAAAGUGUCAGGUGCUUGCCGUGAUGAGUGCAUAGAUUCUCUUGUCAAAGCUUUCCCAAAGAACAAGCUGGUCGUAUUAAUGUUUAUGCAGAUGAAAGGUAUUCACCUUCUCCUGGAAGUGGCAGCAGUCACAGCUCCUGUUCUGUCAGGAGACAAACGGCCCUUGGAAGUCACUGAGAACACUAGAAUGCAUAUAUCAGUGCUGUUAGCCGCUAUCUGGGACACUCUUGGUUAUAAUGAGAAAAAGAAAGAAAUGUUUACCGGAGAUGCUCAGCUGACAAUAAUGAAAUACGUCAAUCAGUCUAGUCUCCAGGCCCAUGUGGAGGGAUGCACAGCUUUGUGUGCUUUAAUUCAGGGUUCUCAAGAUAGUGCAGCUGCUUUGGUCAAAUCAGGCAAUGUAGUUAACCUGGUGAUGGCACUGGCAACACAGGAGAAUAUUUCUUCACAGACUGUUGCUGCCGAAACACUAGCAUUAGCUACAUCUGAUAAGGCGCUGUGUCAGUCAUUAGGUGAAGAGUGCAAAGAGAGUUCGUUGCUUUACGGAGUGUGUCAAACAUUGGUCAACCUGACCAACACCUUUGACAAGCCAGAAAUUCCUGAAGAGAUGAAAAAACUGGGAGAAUUUGCCAAAGUUAAACUGCCGACUCUUUCUGAAAAGGAUGGCGAUGAAUAUGUCAAAAAGAGAACCACCAAGCUUGUUAAGGAAGGUGUCAUAUCAUCUUUGGUUAGUUUGUCAAACACAGAGAGUCUAGCAAGUAGAGAAAUGAUAGCAAGAGUUUUUCUCGGUGUUGUGACAGACGAAGAACAUCGUGGAGUCACUGUACAACAGGGUGGAGUGAAGGCACUUCUUGGUCUGGCUGAUAAAAAUACUGACAAAGGUGUUGACCGCGCUGUUCAGGCUCUUGCUAAAAUAGCUAUCUCUAUGAACCCCGAGUUUGCAUUUCCAGGACACCGAAGUUUUGGUCUAAUCCGUCCACUCAUCAAACUGCUUCAUCCUUCAAAGAGGGGAAUUGCACAAUUCGAAGCUUUAUUAGCACUGACAAAUUUGGCGCAGUUGAAUGACGAUGUAAGGAAACAAAUACUCAAGCAGAAAGGACUUCCUGAUAUUGAAAUGUUAAUGUUUGAUGAAGAUGAGAUGUUAAAGCGAGCUGCCACCGAGUGUAUGUGCAACAUGGUAAUGAACGAGGAGGUAUUUAAACUAUAUGAAAAGGAGGACACUCCAACGGAGCGUCUAAAGCUUAUGAUUGUCUAUUUCGGCGAUGAAGACAUUGCACUGCAAAGAGCUGCUGGUGGAGCGUUAGCCAUGUUGACUGCUAGUGAAGUUGUCUGUCGCUUGAUCUUGAAGGUGAACCCAUGGCUUGACAUUAUAAAAGAAAACUUGGUUACAGACAAAACUGAAAUCAAAUUUCGAUGUGUUUACAUUGUGAAUAACAUGAUGGCUGCCAACAAAGACAUUGCUACCAAG